AAAAAAUCUUUCGUCGAGGUACGCAUGUCGCGAAAGCACAAGCCGUUCGGGACCGCGGGGUCGGCGAGUGUGCUGAAUGAACAUUCGCGCUACUACGAGAAGAAGGGUAUCAACCGGCAAGACAGCGGCGUGACACCUGUGUCUCAGAAGAGUGUCCGCGAUGCCGCCCAAUUGAAGCUACUUGCGUCGGUCGGGUUGGAUCUAUUUCGUACCGGGUUGGUUGUGGACAACACAAAGCCCCUUCCAACGGAGGCGCGGCACCCUUCGAUUGCGCCCAACUUGGUAUCGAUUCCUGAAGGCCAACAAGUGGCGCUACGAGGACGGACUCAACACUCGCAUGCAAUCGUGUUGCUCGAUGGCCCAGUGUCGGCGAACCACCCAGGGGUGUGGCUUAGUCAGCGCAUUGAAACUGCCCUCCCCUUGUACCAUGCCAUCACAGAACAGGAAAAAGCAACGUGCUACGUGAUUCCAUUUGGUGGGGACGACAGCGAGCAGAGCUUGAUUGAAGCCGAAGUCGCACGAAACCAGCUCAUCCAGCGCGGCAUUUCGCCCCAUCAUAUCGUCAUGGACUGCAACUCGAGCAACACCAUCGCGAACGCCGUGUCCCUCGUCCGCGUGCUGCGCCACCUCCGUCUGUCCGUCGUCCGCGUCGUCGCUUCGUCCUUCCAUCUCGCGCGCAUCCAGCACUAUUUGGACCGCAUCUUGGGUUCGUGCCACGACAUGAGAUUCCUUGUGUUUUACCACCCGACUCCGCUCGAUCAUUUGAGCCGCCAGCAACUGGCCGAGAAGGAGGCUCACGAACAAGCGGUCAUAAUUCGCACCCAGCAAGAUCUCGACGACGCGGUCAGGGCCGUUGCCAACACGCUGCCGUUUGCGCAGCACACGCACUUCCCGACAUUGCCGCCUUCAGGGCCAGCCCGACAGUUUUACACGUAAACUGCCACGUAAUCUCUUCCAUUCAUUUCGGACGUUGGAUUACGUGGCAUGCAAGUCGUUCCAUGAGCUGUGGAUGUGCAAAGACAAUGUAUUCUCUGCCCGGUUGAGCGGCCAUUGCAGUGGCGCAACAUCUUAUUCCUGC